UCUUGCGUUUGCACAACUUCCAGAUCCCUUGGACUUUCUUGGACUACAAUCCCAGAAUGCGUAAGGAUCAGUUAGACUGCGAGCUACCUAUGGCGGAGAGCGAUGACUGAGGAGUUUGAUGAAGAGGUGGAAUUCGAGUACUUGCAGGAUCUGGGACGCUCGGAUUCGGAGGCAUGGCGGAUGGGGUGCCAGGAAGAAGAGCAGGCCGCGGGAGAGGGGGAGGGGCCCCUUCCACAGGAAGGGUUCGCCCCGCUUAGAAGAGGGGUGUUGUGGAGGGCAGCUGAUGCCAUACGGGGGCUUCUCUCUCUGUAUCAGAGCUCCAUGUCUGACCAUGAGGAGCAGCAGCUGGACGCGGAGUUUCGGCGGUACUCCCUGCGCCUCCUCCUGGAGCAGGACGUGUUCCUGCAGGAGGACCUGGAGCUCAUCGAGCUGCUGGACCCCGGGGUCCUCUCUGUGGCGUCGGCCUCCUCGCCCCCCGCGGCCCCGCCCAGAAACAGGCUCCUCCCCUCCGCCUGGGCUCUCUGGACUCUGGCAGUGGUGGUGGCAGUGCUAGCAGGCCUCAGGUCUGUGUGGGACGGGCGGGGCCUGUCCGCGCUGGUCCCCUGGGCCCUGGCGCUGGGGGGCUUCUUGCUGGUUCGGGGGGCGGCGCUGUGGAGGGCGGCCCGGCUGAGCGGGGCCAUGCGGGCUCACGGGGCGCAGCUGGAGAGCCUGGCGCAGGACAGCCAGGCGCUGACCGCCCUCAUCCGCAAGGCCCUGCGACUCAUCCAGGAGACCGAGGUCAUCUCCCGGGGAUUCACCCUUUUGCUCGACAGGGUGAGUGCGGCCUGUCCCUUUAACAGAGCGGAGAACCAGCUGCUGGGCCUGAGGAGGGCCUCGUACCAGACCCUGCACACCGCCUUCAGAGCCUACCGCCACGCCACCCGCCACAUGCUCUCCGCCUAUCCCCUGGACUCGGAGACGGACGACGCGGGGAACUACCUCUGCACCGCGCCCCUGGGGGAGCUGGGGCUGGGCCUGGGGGAGGGGCGUCCCAGCGACCAGCGGGCGCAGGAGCUCACCGACGACUACGGCCUCCCCGCGCUGAAGGUGCUGUUCCAGCUGUUCGUGGGGCAGAGCUCCGAGUUCUUCCGACGGCUGGCCCUGCUGCUGUCCCCGGGCCGGGAGGGGCGGGACGCCCGGCUGGCCCGCCGCGCCGUCGCCGAGGUGACGGGGCCCCUGCGCCUCGCCCUGUGCGGUUGCCUGGGAGACCUGCAGCGCAGCUACGACUUCCACCGCUGCUUCGAGGCGCCGCGCGGGGCGGCGGCGGGGUCGGACCGGGCCGCCCGCGCCAGGCAGCAGUGUCGCGAGCUCAGUGAUCUGCACGCCUCCGUACGGAGCCUGCAGCUGCACCUCAGAGCCCUGCUCAACGAGGUAAUCAUCCUGGAGGACGAGCUGGAGAAGCUGCUGGUUUCCCCGGAGACGGCGGAGACGGCGCGCGCGCAGGACCUGCGGGACAGGCUCCGCCUCCUGCAGCCGCACAUGCAGGCCAGCCGGGGCUGCUGGGAGGACGCGGUGGCGCAGGUGGGGCGCAUGCUGCGGCUGUCCGCCAGCCGCGCAGGAACGCCCGGGACUCCGGAGGAGGGCGCCCCCCGGCUGCCACCCCCCCCAACCUACCCCGCCACUCUUACCCAGGACAGAGACCCUGUGCCAGAGGAGCAGGAGCUGGAGGCGUACGCGUCGUCGGACUCCGACUGCGACUCGGACUGGCGGAGCGCGCCGCGGGACCCGCUGCCGCCCCCGGGGGAGCGCGAGCGGCGGAGGCGCGGGAGGGAGGAGUCCCGCCCCGUCCUGCUGGAGCUCAAAUCCGUACUGCGACUGCGGGCGUCGGAAGGGGAGAGACAGAGGUGGAAACAGCUGCUAUUCAGGGAGGAAGCUGCCGCGAGGACUACAUUACCCAUGGAGCCCUCGGAACCCCGCGGGAACUCCAACCGACCGGAGCCGUACAGCCAGCAGAACAACCACGAGGGCCCCGCCCCCUGCUCCACGGAAGCCCGGCUCUGCCGCGGACGUUCGGAGGGGGUAAGGGGGCGCCCCGCGCCUCGGUCCCCCUCUGCGCGUGGGAGCGCCCGUGCUGGGGGAGGGGCCGAGGGGGGCUCGGAACGGGACAGAGCGCCCCCCGGUGGCCAGAGUCUCUACGCUGUCUGUGACGGACAGACUGACGGACCUCCGCAGCACAGCAACCACCAACAUGGCGGUGCGGACCUACGUGGAUGAGGAGCAACAGGAAGUGACAUCACAGAAGACGAAGGACUCAAAACAUACAGUGCUGCUUUAUACUGUGUAUAUACAUAAAAAAAAACACACCACCAGGAUAUUUAUUUGAGAAUGGUCCAUUAUUUAUUGAGAUUUUACUGUUAAUACUCCAUUAGGUUUUUUAAGGGAUUUGUCUUGUUUAUUUCUGUAUAUUUUAGAUCUGUUUGAUUUGAAAUCGCUGCUGUGUUUUCUAAGACGACAGGGCUGUUGUGGCCAACUCAUCAUAACCAAAAUAGCUUGGUUGUCAUUCCAAGCACUACAACCGCAACUGUAGAUUGCUCCUACGCUCACCACGUCGUAAUGGGUUGAAGGACAGAAGGAGCUGACGCACCCCGUGUGAGGAUGCCGGUCGUGUUGAGUCGAAGGGCAGAAGCUGAACGCACACGGUGAGGAGGCUGGUUACGUUAAGCUGAAGGACAGGAGCUUAGCGUACACACUGUGAGGAUGAAGGGAGGAAGGAGGACCGAAGAUGGAGGAUUUAACCCCAGCGCAGAACCCUUGGCUCCUCCCUCCCAAAGACCAGCCAAUGGGAAUGUAAAACCUCAAAGGCAGGCGAAUGUAUUGAACUCCUCCCCAGGGCAUCUCUACCUGCUGCUCUUGCAAGACCCUGACCUCAAUCGUAUCUGACCUGAACGCUUAUUUGUAAAAAAUAAAAAUAAAAAUAAGCAAAUAUUUAUUUUUUAUCUCUGACAAAUCUCGAAAUUGUCAAUCGACUGUGUCUCCUGGCUAGCACUUUAAGUUCCCACAAUGCACUGUAACUGUGAGCCAAGCGCUUCUCGCCUGGCUCGCCCCAAGCCACAGGAACAAGCUUCACGUCAAACGCGGGUUUUCCCCGCCAACUGGAGCGGAGGAAUGCUAUUCUUAGCGUCGGUAUUGCACCUCUGCAUCCUCUUCUCUUUAAAAAAAAAAAAAAAAAAAAAAAAAAAAAAAAAAAACUUCUGCAGGAUGGGAAGUUUAUUUCGAGCGCCUCGUUACCCAGGCGAUUUCUCUGUUUUCUCUUUUGUUGGCGUCCGGCAAAUGCUUCGUGGGCACGCGGAAGAUUUCUCAAUGGAAAAAAAAAAAAAAAAAA